UGGAAACGCGCCAGGCGCGGGGUGGUGGCGGAAGUGCCGUCGGGCGCGGUACCGGGGCGGGGCGCGGUGCCGGCCCUGCCAUGGCGGUGUCCCCGUACGUGCAGGCCAUGCAGGAGCUGUUCCGCGCCAACACGCGGAGCCGCGAGUUCCCCGCGCACGGCGCCAAGGUGCACUCGGUGGCCUGGAGCUGCUGCGGCCGCCGCCUCGCCUCCGGCUCCUUCGACAAGACCGCCAGCGUCUUCCUGCUCGAGAAGGACCGGCUGGUGAAGGAGAACAACUACCGGGGCCACGGAGACAGCGUGGAUCAGCUCUGCUGGCACCCCAGCAACCCUGACCUCUUCGUCACAGCGUCCGGGGACAAAACCAUCCGCAUCUGGGACGUCCGCACCACCAAGUGCAUCGCCACUGUCAACACCAAAGGUGAGAACAUCAACAUCUGCUGGAGCCCCGAUGGACAGACCAUUGCCGUGGGGAACAAGGAUGAUGUGGUCACCUUCAUUGACGCCAAGACGCAUCGCUCCAAAGCGGAGGAACAGUUCAAGUUUGAGGUGAACGAGAUCUCCUGGAACAACGACAACAACAUGUUCUUCCUCACCAACGGGAAUGGCUGCAUCAACAUCCUCAGCUACCCAGAGCUGAAGCCCAUCCAGUCCAUCAACGCCCACCCUUCUAACUGCAUCUGCAUCAAGUUUGAUCCCAUGGGAAAGUAUUUUGCCACGGGCAGUGCUGAUGCCUUAGUCAGUCUUUGGGAUGUGGAUGAGCUGGUAUGCGUGAGGUGCUUCUCCAGGCUUGACUGGCCUGUGCGGACGCUGAGCUUUAGCCACGAUGGGAAGAUGCUGGCAUCGGCAUCAGAAGAUCACUUCAUUGACAUUGCCGAGGUGGAGACAGGAGAGAAGCUCUGGGAGGUGCAGUGUGAGUCCCCUACCUUCACAGUGGCCUGGCACCCGAAGAGGCCACUGCUGGCCUUCGCCUGUGAUGAUAAAGAUGGCAAAUACGACAGCAGCCGGGAGGCUGGCACCGUCAAGCUCUUCGGGCUCCCCAACGACUCCUGAUGAAGCUGCACCUGGGGAGGCAACACCUGCCUACUCUUGGGAGUGGGAGCUUAGUGUUGGCUCCCCUCCUUGGCAGCCUGGCAGGGCUGCGACCUCGGGCUCGGCUCGGUGCAUCCUGGUCUUGGGAGCAUUUGUAAAUAGGCAGCUGUGUGAUGGGGAUGAUGGGGGUGCUGGCAGGCCCCCCCUCUGCCGCCUCCUCUCUGGGGC